GUAAUGUUGGUAGAUUCGGCUGCAGGCGGGAGAGGACCACACUGAUGAGCUGAUUUUAGCAUGGGAGCUCUGAGUCCGUCAUUGUUUUUGUCUGUGGUUAGAGACAUACUGUACAGUCACCAAAAUGAGAAGAGCAACAGAAAAUCAAGGAAACACUCGAACACUUUCAGAAUACUUUUCCCCGAGGAGUAAAGUGAAGGACCUCGCACUCCAAGAGUGCUCCCUACCCCAUAUCAGCUCUUUUAUCCAGGAGACUCCAAUGAAGCCAUCUCAGGUCCCUAACCAGCUUCCUCACCCACCACCCAGGAGAAUGUUGCCACUUCAAAGCCCCGAACUGUGCCACAGAGACAGACUGGGUCCACCGCGGCACCCUACUCAUCACAUGGGACCAAUCCACUCAGGGUUUGUUCCGAGCAGCCCAACUAACAUUGGUUACCCAGUGAGCAGGCCUCAUCCCACGCCAAGUAUCAGACUGGGUCCUCUGCAUCAUCCUGCUCAACCUCCAGGGUCUUUCUGCCCACGGUUUAUUCCAGUCAGCCCGACUAACAGUGGAACUACAGCUAAUAGGCCACAGCCCUCGCCUCCCUUUAACUUUCAUCCCGCAACUCCUCAGUUCAUGAAGGAUUUAAGCAACCACUCCCCAUCCUCCCCCAUCAGGAGAGACCAAGCGACUGAAUCGAGGGUCACAUUACCUUACUCAGGAAGUAAAAAUCCAACAGCACAAAGGCAAGAAUCAAACAAGGCUCAAUCCAGUGACGUGAGGAGCUCCAUACAAACUGUCCAGCUCCACAGGCCCCCUAUGACACCAGUACUCAACACCAGAGCUGCUCAAGAUGUUGGUCCACUACCUCACUCAGACUCGGAGCACUGGAAUCCUGUUAACAGCCAGUGGCCCCUGAGGGACUACCAGCCUUCUCCAAGUACCCACUCAUUUGACAGGAGUAGUGGUCCCACUUUACCCGUCAUGUACAGCCCUGUAGCCCCUUGCCAGGACCAACAGCAUAAACGAACACCUUCGAGUGAAAAGUUCAUUCCAGCAGUGGACAUGAAUUACUCAUCUCAGAAGAGGUACAGGGAGUUUGAGGACUGUGACGACGUUGCCAAGAAACUGUGCCUUCAGGGUGCAAACUCACAGACACUGAAGCCCAGUGUUGGCAACUCACUCAGCACUUCACUGGUGUCUCAGCCGUCAUCGGGGCCUUCUUCAGUCUUGGAACUGUCACCCAAAACCACAGAGAGCCAUCUGUGCACGGAACCAGCAUGUGGCCAAUCAACCUACUUGGAACUGUCAUCUACAUUUAAACCCACCCAGUCAUCCUGCGCAUCGUUGUCACCCAAACCGUGUAUAAAGAGACGAGCAUCAACGGGGGCAAAGCAAGCCUAUAUAAAUUCCUCUCAGAAUCAUACUGUGAAGUUAAUAGAGUUACAAUCACCUUCAAAGCCACGUGAAGACAGAAGUGAGGAAAACAAUAAGAGUGAGAAAUCAAGCUCUUUGUUAUCGUCCUUGGUUCCCCAGAAGGCCACUGUUAGUUCACCUCAUGUUCUGUCAGGCAGCCACCCCUCUGGCAAUACUCAUCGUAGUACCUCAGUCUUACCAGUCAAGACCCUGAGCAGAGGUAAUCAGGUCGAGGAGAGCAGAAAAACGGACGGUAGCACUCCCAAACCAGCCUCAAAACCAAAUUCUAGUUCUCUGAGUUGUCGCACAGUAGAACGGAACAAAACUGCCCGUCCGCGAAGACCUGUUGCAGUCUCUUACGAUAUAACUGAACUUUUUACUCCUGAUCCCAUUGUAGUCUGCCCCACAAGUAAGAAAGCAAAGCCCAAGAUAGAUGAGGGAACAACUAAAUCCCUCACCUCAGAGAAAGCUUGUUCAUCCAGCGCUGUGUCCAGUACCACAACUACUGGAUCCUCCUGUCACGUAACACAAACCAUCACAGUAACGAGUUCUCGGGCAGUAGGCACCAACGUCUCCUCCGUGUCAUCAGCACCCCAGCCACAAGUCUCCUUGCCAACUGUAGCUUUAGAGCGGGUAAAACUUGAAAACCUAAGAUCUUUUUGCCCCAAAGAUGCUGAACUCCAAAACUUGACUUCUUCAGGCAGGGAGCUUAAGGACGAGAGUGUUAAAUCUGAUGAUAAACGUGCAUCUUUCCUCCCCAACAAUGUGACAUCAUGCGCUUUAAAGACUGACACCGCUGCCUCCGAGCAAACUCUUACAUUUCAUUGUCGUCAGUCUCCACUGCCGGAGAGGAAGGCAAAUGAAGGGGGUAAAAAGCAAGUGAAAGAAGAUGAUCCUAUAGAUGUGGAGCUUGACCUAGGCCUGAGCUUUGCUGUGGAUUUGGAUCUAACCCAGAGCUCCCAUAGUAGUGAGGAGGAGCAGCUUCUUUCCUUGCAGGAGAUGAUGGAGUGUGUUACCAAGCCUCCAGACACACCGGAGAAGGGAGCCUUCUCAGAGCCUAGCACACCUCGACAUCACAGCUGCCAGUCAAAAACUCAGCCAUUGCCUUCCACCGCGAAGUCCGGCAUCUACAAGAACAACCUCGAUCAGAUGCUGAAGGAAAUAAACACCAAUAAAAAAGCUAAAGAGAUUGAGACACAACUUCUAACUGCAUGUAAAGAGGACUUGUUGAGAAUAGCUGAAUAUGAAGAGGCUGAGGAGAACCGUGAGGAGGGCAUCUCUUCAGAACACCAGGAAUUCCUGCAGCGCUACUCAUUGAUGUCCAGCGCAAUCAGGGAAGUGCCUCCAGGAGAAGUGGUGUUCAAUCUGGAGAAAUUCGGCCAAAUCUUCAACCAUAAUACGCUGCAGCUGAGACAGUGCAUGGUCAAUCCACAGGGGACAGUACAGAAAACCCUUCUUUGUAGAAUAAAGUCCAGUCAGCAUGUCAGUACCUGGAUCGCCGUACAUGGGGGGAAGGUGGUGCUGGUAGUACUGGUGUGGGGGCAGCUCCCCGGGGCUGACAGGGGGGUAGAAAGAGUGAGAGUUUGGGAUAAAGUGAGGGUGAGUCAGGUAGGGGGGCAGGUGGUGCGUAGGGGAGAGGGCUGGAGAGUAGGAGGGAGGGUAGCACUCUGGAGACUGGGGGGUCACAACCACCCGACGGACCCCUGUGUUCGCAGUACAGUGACGGCUUCAAAUGGGAUGAGUGUGUUUGAGAAAUGCAAACUCCAGUACCCACAAAUCAUGAGAGCGCUGGCAUUAAUUUCUUUGUUGAUCUUUGUUGAUCAGAUGAUGUCCGUCCAUAGUGAGAGGAUGAUAUCUGAAAAGAUACUACAGGCCCUCUGUGACAUCGCCUCCACUGCUGCUUAUCAGAUAGUGAAAAAUGGGAGCCAGCAGUUUAAAGUGUGGGUGCCUAGUUUGGCCGAUGUGGCGCUGGUCUUGAUGAAUAUGGGAGUGUCGUUUGUUACUCUCUUCCCUUUUGAGAAUCUGCAGCCUCCAUUCACAGAGGGAGAUCUGCUGGAGGACAUCUAUAUCAAAAGUGAGAGUCCCUCCAAUAACAAGGAACAAAGCGCCUUCCCUGAACACAACUGCAACAACAUCUUGAAGUACCUGUCUUACUGUAUGGGUCUAUGUCCACGGGCGUACAGCGACGAUGAGCUGCUGUUGCUGCUAACUGUGGUGGGAAGGGUGGGACUGGACACUCGUCUCCUUCUCCACUCCAGUGUGGAACUGUACCCUCUACAGUACAAAAUUGUCAACAACAUCAGGGACUGGGACACCAUGCUGCCCAGAAUUUGUCUGGCCAUUACUGAUUUGACGGAUGACCACCACAACAUGUGCCUGCUAGUUCAACUGCUGCCUGACAACACACGUGGAAAACAACUGCGUCGACAUCUGAGCCUGUCCAUGAUCUCUAAACUGUUAGAUGGAAAUUGUACGUACAGACCUACGGACAAAGAGAUUCAGCUCUCUAAACUGAGGCCGUACCUGCCCCGUAUGCAACCCUCCACCAUUCUCAGAGCCAUGCUGAGCUCCUCUAGGAGUCAGAAAGAUAAAGAAGAGGACAUGGACACCCUAGACCAACAGUCCUACUACCUCUGCUAUAGCCUUCUGACCUUGGCAAAUGAAGCUUCCAAUUUUCAGUUCUUCCCUGCUCAUCAAAAGGAGCAACUGCUGUUUCUAUGCUCUGAGCUGGAAACGCAUGUUAAGUGUGACAUCAGAGAAAGCGAGAAAUGCCUUUACCGGAGCAAGGUAAAGGACCUGGUGGCCAGAAUCUACACCAAGUGGCAGAUGCUCCUUCAGAGGACCAGGCCUCUCCAUGGUAAGUUGUAUGACUACUGGCAGCCUUUGCCCGUGGAUACAUUGACGAGCAGCCAAGAAGAGCAGGAGAUUGACGGCAGUGAUGACGGAGAGGAGCCUGUGAUGGAGGACGAUGACGCUGAGGAAACCAGUGGGACUGAAGAGAAUGAGUUUGUAAUGACUGCUGAGGACGAGGAGAAGGAAGAGGGAGACGAUCCGGUGGAUGACACCAACAAGGCAGGAGACGACAAGAAGCCAGAAGAAAUGAAGGGAGACUGUGCUAUGGAUGGCACAAAUGAAACGGAGGAAGCGACAAAAUCAGUUCUUGGGGAGUUAAACCAAGAGAUGCCAGAGAUGGAGCCUCAAGUGACAGAUGAGCAAAAGGAGUCUAAAGUGACGGAUGAGCAAAUGGAGUCUAAAGUGACAGAUGAGCAAAUGGAGGCUGGAAACAAAGAGCGUACUGAGGUGGAGACUGAAAAUCAAGUUGAGACGAGAGAAUAACCAGAUGGCAGAGUGUGACUUGGUGUCAUAGAAAUUUGUCUCCAGGGCUUUAAUAGCCUUUGCCUUAAUGUUAAGCUCAGUUUGCACUAUUUGUCUGCCCCAAAAGUUUCAUUGUCAAUACAAAUAUAAACUAUAUUUAUGAAUAAAACCAUUUUAGAAGAGAUCAGAGUUUGUCGAGGGCUGAGGCCUUAUCUUUUCUGGUAGUGCUGCACAAGAAACAAACAAAAUAUUGAUUUAUUUAAUGUCUUUAAAAAAGUAAUGAUAAAGUUGUAUGUUAAUUACGUUGUUAAUAAGUUGUGCAAUGUGUGCAAUGAAGGUAUAUAUGCGUUACAUAUGCGUUACAUAUACAUACUGAAGUUGAGUGGGGGUUUUUGGAGGGAUAUUUUACAUUGUUGUGUUCUUCUAGUUCUCCAUUAGUUAAAAUGUAGUUUCUCAAAGAUAUUUCAUAAUUUAUUUCAUCACUGUUUGCUUUAGCUUGUCUGAGUAAUUGAAAAGCUGACUGUUUAUUAUCCUGCAAAUUAGCCUCAAGUGGAAACCGACCAUUCAGUUUUUUUCCACAAAGUUACAUUAAUUAGUUCAUAUUUGCCUUGAUUCAGGGGCAUGACACAUUGUCAGCAACAAUUUUCCGAUACAUAUUAUCUUGUUUGUUGAUUUAUUGUUAUAAUUUCACUGUUGUGUUGAAUGUGUGCGUUCUGUUAAAUUUCCCUUUUGGGAAAAUAUUUUUUUAAUGAUGAAAAAUACUUUUUUAUAUCAGAAAAUAAACUUUAUUUCAAAAUUCUGUGUUGCCUUU